CGCAGACAGAACCGAAGUGAGCGACCAGAAAGAUAGAUUCGAGCGGGAUAUCAGACAGUUUGUCAGUCAGAACACCACUGAGCGAGUAUUGAUCCCGCCAUAAGAGAGGGUACUAAGCAGGACAAGGAGGUAUGAAACGACCGCUUUUACGGUGUUUGGCUUCCCUCCUUUUGGGUAUCAUCCUGACUACUUUUAUCCACAUUAUACUUCACAAUAACAAGAAGCAGUCUUUUAGCUCUUGUCAAGUUGACAGUGACUGGGAUCUUUUCAGCAUACACCCUCAGCACCACCAUGCACAGAACAAAAUCACUGAUUCGUGUAAAAAAAGCAGGGAGAAAAACAAUAAACUAACAGAAGUUUGUUCUCAAGUCUGGAAAAAUGAUAUUCAAAUAAUCAACAACAAGAAAGAUCAGAAAAACAACCCCCAGCCUUGUCAAGACUGCAGGGAGAAAAUAGAAGAAAUGCUUACGAAUUACUCAAAACCGUGGGUUAAAAAUGAAGACAAGCAUGAAGAAAUCAGGACUUGGCUCAGCCUUAAGUGCAGUGGCCUGGAGAACGCCAUCAUAACCCAGAAAAACACUCCACUGGGAUCAAAGAUUGUCUACGAUGCUGAGAGGAGGCAUAAUGUCAAAGUGAACUCACUUAUGUUUGCCACAUUUGUCAAAAAGCAUCCGGUCUUUAAUAAAACGUUGCAUUCAUGUGCUGUUGUUGGGAACGGAGGAAUCCUGGCAAACAGCAAGUGUGGAAAAAAGAUUGAUUCAGCUGAAUUUGUGAUCAGGUGUAACCUGGCUCCUUUGUUAAACGGAUAUGAGGAACAUGUUGGGGUGAAAACAGAUAUUGUGACUGCAAAUCCAAGCAUUUUAACUUAUAGGUACGGCUCGCUUUUAGGCAGUCGACGCCGGUUUGUGGAGAGCCUUUGCCAAUAUGGUGACGCCAUGCUGCUGCUUCCUGCAUUCUCCUACGUCGUAAACACAGCAUUGUCUUUCCGGGCUCUGUACACCAUUGAGGACUUUGAAAUGCCCAUCCAGUCUGUUUUCAUGAACCCAGAUUACAUUGACAGACUGGCUGCUUUUUGGCGCUCUCACGGAUUGUUGGAAAACCGUCUCAGCACGGGUCUGAUGAUGGUCAGUCUGGUGCUGGAGCUGUGUGACAACGUGGAUCUGUAUGGAUUCUGGCCCUUCGGUCUCCACCCACACACCUUCAAAGACCUGACUCACCAUUAUUAUGACAACAAUGAAGCUAAGAAAUCUGUACAUGUUAUGUCGGAAGAGUUCCAAUUUUUGUUGCAGUUGCACAACCAGGGUGUCCUGAAGCUACACCUGGGGGAGUGCGAACCAGAGGAAUAGUGAUGAGUGUGUUCACCCUUGAACAUGAUUUCCUGCACAGUAGUAGACUGAAGACCGUCUCUGACCUUAAAAGUAUCAGAAAGGUGCGGCUCGCUCUUAGGACGUCGGCGCAGGUUUGCGGAGAGUCUGGUCCAAUAUGGCAAAGUCAUACUGCUGCUUCCUGGAUUCC